AUGACUUCAUCAUCCAGUGCCCAGAGAAAUAUCUGUGGUGACCUGACCCCUCCUGCCACUGUCCAGCUCUGCUACGAAAAUGUGAACGGAUCCUGCGUCAAAGCUCCCUACUCCCCGGGCCCCCGCCUGCUGCUCUACCUGCUCUUUGGCUCUGGCGCUGCGCUGGCUGUCUUGGGAAACCUGCUGGUGAUGACUUCCAUCCUCCACUUCAAGCAGCUCCACUCCCCAGCCAACUUGCUGAUCGCCUCUCUGGCCUGCUCUGACUUCUUGAUGGGGACGAUGGUGAUGCCCUUCAGCAUGGUCAGGUCUGUGGAGAGCUGCUGGUACUUUGGGGACAGCUACUGUAAGUUCCACUCUUCUUUCGAUGGCUCUUUCUGUUACUGCUCUAUCUUCCACUUGAGCUUUAUCUCCAUUGAUAGAUACGUCGCUGUCACGGACCCGCUGGUCUAUCCCACCCGGUUCACUGUCUCUGUGGCUGGCAAGUGCAUAGCUUUCUCCUGGCUGUUUGCUGUCAUCUUCAGCUUUUCUCUUCUUUACACAGGAGUGAAUGAAGCUGGGCUGGAGGACCUAGUGAGUGCCCUCUCCUGUGUGGGGGGCUGUCAGAUUGCAGUGAAUCAAAGCUGGGUCUUGAUUGGCUUUCUAUUAUUUUUCAUCCCUGCACUUGUGAUGAUAACAGUUUACACCAAGAUUUUCCUGAUAGCCAAGCAGCAAGCUAGAAAAAUUGAAAGUCUGAGUAAUAGGACUGCAAAAUCCUCAGACAGCUACAAGGACAGGGUGGCCAGGAGGGAGAGGAAAGCAGCAACGACCCUGGGGGUCGCAGUGAUAGCUUUUCUGAUCUCAUGGUUGCCUUACUACAUCGAUUCCAUCAUUGAUGCCUUCCUGGGAUUCAUCACACCCACGUAUGUGUAUGAAAUACUAGUGUGGAUCGCUUAUUACAACUCGGCGCUGAAUCCCUUGAUCUAUGCUUUCUUUUAUCCUUGGUUUCGAAAAGCCAUCAAAUUAAUUGUUACAGGACAGGUCUUCAUACAGAAUUCCUCAGCAAUGAAGUUGUUUCAAUAG